AUGGCCCCGCAGCUUCCCCCUGAUGUUCUCAAAAGCCAGCCAGGUCUUCCCUCUCCUCCCCGGACACCUCUGUGGCGCGAUGACCCGGAUGUUCCUUACACACUAUCCACGCAUAUUGUCGACGCAGCACCGCUCAGAACAUUCCCCCAAAUUAAAGCACUGGAUGAAGUGUCGAUGCCAACUUACGCACGAAUGCAGGCGGCCAAUCUGGACACCAAGGGCCGGCAGAAAGUGGCUCAGGAGCAGGUAGGUUUGAUGUUGAGUUGGCGGAAGGAACAGGAGGAAGCAAGGCGUGUUCAAGGGACGCCAGGUUAUGAGCGUCGCUUGUGGCUUUGCUUGAAUCGAUAUGUCAAGAAGGACCUAGACAAGGUGCCCCGUAAAACCAAGGGGUUGACACUGAUAUUUGCACACGCGCUCGGUACUAACAAAGAGACUUGGGAACCUUUGAUCAUGCGCUUGGUGAAGUCUCCGGCUGGUCGCGACAUUGAAGAGAUAUGGACUUGGGAAAGUGUAGAUACCGGGGACUCUGCGCUCCUCAAUUCAGGCAAGCUCAAUCAACUUUCUGAUUGGUACGACGGUGCCAGAGACAUAAUUCACUUCCUUCUACACUACAUGCCCUCUAGAAUCAUGUCAGACGAAUUACCGGUACAUUUACCGCGCGUUUCUGCCGCUGAAUUCGAGGAUAGAGGUCACCAAGGCUUUUCAGAGCGUCAAAUCAUUGGUAUUGGCCAUUCAUAUGGUGGAAAUGUUUGCGCCCGUGCUUGCUUUUCAUAUCCUCAAUGUUUUUCCGCUCUGGUUAUGGUAGAUCCCGGCAUCGUCAAACUCAAUGAUCCUACUCUGAGACCAACAUUGAGGUAUAUGGCCCAAGGCGCAUACGCCCGAAGGGACUCUUGGAAUUCAAGGGAGGAGGCUCUAUCGUUGCACAAGAAAUCUGCAUUCUUUGGUGCCUGGCACCCGGAUGCUCUAAAUCUGUUUAUUGAAUGCGGAUUAUACACACCAUCAGGCUCUGACGCAGUACACUUGAAAACACAUCCUGUAUUAGAAGCUUUGGCAUAUACUAAUGGCAUAGAACCAUCCGAAGAUAUGUAUGCUAAAGCACCCAGCUUAGAUGAAAAGGUGUAUAUCAAGUGGGUAAUGCCGGAUCGAAAGAAGGGUGGAGGUUUGGCAGGCGUCGAAUCCUCGGAUAGGCUGGUCAAACUUCGGCCAGGAAAUACGUCUAGUGUCAAUAUAGCAGGUGCAUCGCACAUGAUACCUCUAGAGAAACCAGACGAAGUGGCUCGAGAGAUUGCAAACACUAUCGAGAUAGUUCGCAGAACUUCACCCAAGAUGUAA